AUGGAGUUGGGCCAGGCUAUUAACGUUGCAGAAAAGUGUGAAGAAAGGCUUACUAACACCAAGUUAUUCGACGUCACAGACUUAGCAGAGGAUGAGUCUAGUUUGAAUGAGACGUUGUUACAUGAGGCUAAGGAUGGUGCCACUAUGGAACCUGGUAUCUCUGAAGGCCGUGAUGUUGUUGGUGAGUUUGAAAAGGUUGAAGAGUCACAUUCUGACUAUGAAGUUGUGAGAGAGAAGAUGCAAGACGAUAUAAGAAAAGACUAUUGCACUGAUUCGGAAGGACCAAGUAAAAUAGUUGUUCAAUGGUUGGCUGGGUCUAAUCAAUUUGUGUCUGUGAAAGUUGAGGAGAAUGGGUUUGCAUUUAUUCUUACCAUUGUUUAUGCUAAGUGUACCUCGCUAGAGAGGACGAAGAUUUGGGAGGACCUGGUGGCUGCUAGCAAUUGCAAUCUCCUGUGGAUUCUUUACGGUGAUUUCAAUAUUGUCAAAGAUGAUUAUGAGAAAAGAGGUGGUCAUCCCCGUCCUUUUGCUGUAAUAGAAGAUUUCAAUUUAUGUAUUCAAAAUUGUGGGUUGUUGGAUAUGUGCUCGAAAGGCUUGAGGAUGACUUGGUGCAAUGGUCAAAACGGUUCGGUUCGGAGCUGGGCAAGGUAUGGGUCGAGCUCUUUUCAUUUUCAAUUUAUAUGGACUGAUCAUGCAGAUUUUCUUAACUUUGUGGAGGGGGUGUGGAAUCAAGAUGGGAUUUGUUUUGGGCUUCUUAAAUUAUCUCUUAAGUUGAAAAGGACUAAGGUGGCGCUUAGGGAUUGGAAUCAACGUGUCUUUGGGAGGACUAAUGUUAUUAUUAGUGAGCUUGAGAAUCGUAUUGAUAGUCUGGAAAAUUGCCUUCAAGAUUCAUUUUCUGUUGAGGAUGAUAAUGAUGUUCUGGCUAUUAAAUUGGAUCUUUUAUGUUGGAGGAGUAAAGAAGACACUCGUCUUUUUCAUAUGACCAAUAAAAGUUGGCUUCAAAAUGGAGAUCAAAAUUCUAAAUUUUUUCAUGCUUAUUUGAAUGUCAAGAAUUAUAAGAGGGUUUCUGACAUGUGCCUCAUUGAUGGCACUCAUUUAAAAACACCUUUUGAUGUACAUCAGGCAGUCGUUGAGUAUUUUCAUCACUUUUUGAGUGAGAGUAGUAGUGGUGAAUUACCUAAUUUAGGAGAUUUAAUUCCUCUGAUGAUUUCUGACGAUGAAAACCUGAUGCUCUGUAGUAUCCUGUCUCUUGGGGAUAUUAAGGAUGCCUAUUGA